AUGGCUUCAAAGAAUGCAGUGGUUAUAUUCAGCAAUAGUACAUGUUGUAUGUGUCAUGCCAUAAAGAGGCUCUUGUGUGGAAUGGGUGUCAAUCCAACUGUUUAUGAAUUGGAUAAUUAUAACACCACUUGGCAACCGGCCUUGUUUACUCUUCUUGCCAAUUCAUCCUCCGAUCUGCCUGUUGUUUUCAUAGGUGGCAAGCUCCUUGGCUCCAUGGACACUAUCAUGGCUGCUCAUAUUAAUGGCACACUAGUUCCUCUUUUAAAAGACGCUGGUGCUCUCUGGCUUUGA